AUGGUAUUUGCUUUCAAAGGCACACGGCUGAUGACAUGCAUAUACAAAGCAUUCAGGAGACAAGAGGGUCGGGAGUCAACGGGCGAGAUGGCCACGAGCCCACGGCGCCAGGCAUCACAAGUGUCUGGGGCGGCCAUGGCAGCAGGAGUUCGACCUAAGGAGCCACCACCCAUGGUUGUGCAGGGAGAUUUUAGAAAGGUCAGUGGUAUAUCAACAGAGAUUUUUAGGCAAAUUGAAACAGUAGAAAAUGAUCAUGAUGCAACAACUGCAGCAGCCUUGGAAGCUGUGGAAAGAAGAGGAGAGAUGGUUGUACGGCUUCUUGACCCAAGGCAUUUGGGAAGAGCAGCUGCAGAAGCGGCAAAGAAGUUCUUAGCUUUACAGGAUGCCAAACAUUUUGUCCACCUUGUGGAAAUUGUGAAGCGCCCUGGUCAAACUCUGGGUUUGUACAUCCGAGAGGGUAAUGGGCUUGAACGUUCUGAUGGAGUAUUCAUAUCUCGAAUUGCUCUUGAAUCAGCUGUAUACAACAGUGGAUGCCUAAAAGUUGGUGAUGAAAUUCUAGCUGUCAACAUGGUGGAUGUGACUCGGAUGAGUCUGGAUGAUGUAGUCAUAAUUAUGUCGAUACCUAGGCGGCUGGUGCUUGUGACAAGACAGAGAAAAGCAGGAAAAGGUGGUGUGGUCUCACCACAUCUGCAGCCCCGUUCAGAACAUAAACCACCUCCUGUUGUAGUCAUUAAGAAAGAGUUACGAGAAGAUGAUGAAAUGGAUGAUGCUGAUGAUUCAAGCUCAAGAAGGCAUGGUGGUGAUGGCAGGGAAAUGUUGCCAUCUUCUAGAUCUCGUUUGGGACUUGGCUUAACAGGGUUGGACACAGCUCAAGAUCUGGCACUCGAGAGCAAUGGUGACACAGCAAAUGGACUAGGGUUAGCAGAUCUGUAUUACAAUUCACGGCCUGAGCAUGCAACAGAUCAAACUUCAGCAACUGCCUCUUGGCCAUACCAGCCCCCACCACCACCUGUGAUAACUGAACAACCCAAACCCUCUUCUAUCCCUCAGCAUUUUCAGCCAUAUGACAGGGGUUACCCAAAAACUUUGGAAUCAUUAGCAGAAAAGGUGCAUGCAUUCUAUUCAGGACCCACACAGCCUGCAACUGGCAGUUCACGUCGUUUAUCCCAGCCUUCCCGUUCAUAUUAUGGUGGCCGUAAGGUGAUGCCACGCUCAGGAAGUGAUCAACACUUGCCUCGAGUAGAGUAUGGACUAUCUAGCACACCACACACUCUCUUGCGCUCCAGUCUCAAGGCAGGCACUGCGGGUGCAGCCAGCUCAUACUCAGCCUCCCGUUACCGCAGUGAACAGCCUUUUUCGGCUGGGACACUAACACGGAGACACCGCCCCUCUCUUGAUUAUGCAUCAGAUACAGAAGCUACUUGCACUUCUUCACCUCGCACUUCCUACUCUUAUUACAGGCAGGGAUUAAGCACUCCUACUACAUCAAGAACACCAACAUUAUCUCGAGCGCACACUGGAACAGCUGUAGUAGGAGGUGCAGUCUCAGCUGCUUUGAGAUCAAACUCACUGCCAAGAGACCAUAGAGGGAGAAGUCAUCACACUGCCCAGCAGGCAAGGCAUCAUGUGGUACACUUUGAAAGGGACUCCAGGGUGGCUCCUUCCAGCACAGGACUGAUUGACCAGGAAGACAGUGAUGGUGCAGUCUCUGCACCAGAACUACCGGUUACCAGGAAAGAGAGAGGGCGUAUUCCAUCCUCACCAAGUGUGUUCACAGCUGAUGAAUAUCGAGCUUGGUUGCAACGCACACCAUCUACAAGUGCAAUUUAUGAACGUCUCAGGGCAAGCAGAGAUGUUCUACAAGCACAGCGAGCACAAAGGUUCACAUAUAGUGCAGAAAAUUUGUUAGAUAGAACAAGACAGGAACAACCUUACUACUCAUAUCGACCUCAUGUGACAAGCACAUUGGAUAGACAUCAGUACUCAUCACGUUCAGGUAGUGGGACAGGUCUCAGUACGUCCACGGGCCGUGCCAGUUCCAUGCGACGCAUGCGUCAUUUGUUGGAUCUGGAAUCACGACAUAUCCCAAAUCCCUCUCCAACAAGAACACAAGAUCCUCGCUCUCAUCUGCUGGAUAUAAAUCCUGCAGAAUUUCUUAAGUACAAAAUGGACAAACCAGUCACCGCUCUUGGCAGUGAACCAAAUGCCCCAGCAGAGCCUGGAAUCAGUGGACUGCUCUGGGUACAUCUUCUGGCUGGCAGAGGUCUCCGUGCCACUACCUCAACCUCAGCUGCUUCAACACCAUCUGGGACCUCUGCUAUUGGAGGCAAUGCUACUUCAGGACUGAGAGAUUUAUAUUGUGUUCUGGAAUGUGAUCGGGUACAUAAAGCAAGAACUGUUGUAAGGACAGGAGAUCUUGUGUUUGACUGGGAUGAAACAUUUGAGUUAGAUUUGGUUGACAACAGAGAACUAGAUUUCCUAAUAUAUUCAUGGGAUCCUCAGUACAGGCACAAGCUGUGCUACAAGGGAUCUGUUCACUUGGCAACACUCCUACGAGAAUCUCCAAUCCACCAGCUUGCCUUAAAAAUAGAACCUCGUGGUACACUGUACUUACGCUUGAGGCAUACUGAUCCUCACCAGACUUUUAAACGGCGUGGCCCUGUUGGCCUGCACUUACUCGGCCGUCCUGGAGGCAAAGUUCUGUCUGGAGCAACUUCAGGAGCUCUAUUUGGAGCAGAUCUGGAGACAGUUGUUAACCGAGAAAACCUAACAGGUGGUGUGCCUGGUGGUGUAGCUACAAGCGUGACAAUUGCCACACAAGCAAGUUCGUCAGUUCCCAUAAUCAUCCGGCGAUGUGUGGAGGAAGUAGAGAGAAGAGGUCUAGAUAUCAUUGGCUUGUACAGAUUAUGUGGUUCAGCUAGUAAGAAGAGAAUACUCAGAGAAGCAUUUGAACGCAAUGCCAGAACAGUAGAUCUGUCACCUGACAAUGUUCCUGAUAUUAAUGUCAUUACAGGUGUUCUUAAAGACUAUCUACGUGAACUUCCUGAGCCACUUUUCACAAAAUGUUUAUAUCAAAUGAUGGUUGAUGCUUUAAGUGUGUGUCUACCUGAUGAUCCAGAAGGAAAUGCAAAGCUUAUGUUUUCAAUUUUGGAUUGCCUCCCAAAAGUGAACAGAUGCACUCUGAUUUUCUUGAUGGAUCACCUGGCAUUAGUGGUGUCACAGUCAGAGCGUAAUAAAAUGUCUCCUCAGAACUUAGCAAUUUGCUUUGGUCCUGUUUUGAUGCUACAAUCAGAAGAAGGGCGAGAACUUGACUUCAAUCAACCAAUUAAUGUUCUACGAUAUCUGCUGGAGAUUUGGCCAAGCAAGUCAGUUCGGGAGGUCUUUGCGCCUUCACCUCAUCUGCUGGCAUCCUCCCAAGCAUCAUCUCUGCCUCCAUCACGUCUCCAGCCAGUGAUAAAAGCAGCCCCAGCAGUCACUUCUUCAGCAGGAGGGGGCCUGUGGUCCCUCGGUCGUGGAGUGCGAGCUACGACAGUCUCAAGAGGAAGGAAACCUCCAGAGACAUCUCAUCCACAACAGCAAGUAGUAAUCGUCUCAUCACCAGACUCUCCGACAAGUGAGGAAUCGUCACCUUCACCAUCACCUGAAUCAGAGGUGAAGAAGGCGGUGCCACCAUUAACACUUCAGCAACGCACGAGCACGUUGCGGAAAAGCUCCUCUGUGAAGAAGUCUGGAGGAUUCCCAGGAAGUCUGGUAGGUGCUGACAGCUUGCUCACUCCUGCAGGCAGGAGUGUGGAGGGAGAAGCUCUUGGAAAUUUAACAGAAGACCAACAGCAACAUCAAAUUCAGACACCUACAUCUUCCACAACAACAGAAGAUUCCAGAAAAGAAGGAGGAAGAGAGGCGGAUGAAGAAGGGAGUGAUGAAGUUAAAGAAGAAGAUGGCGAUGAUGAAGAUGGCACGUGUAUCGAAGAUAUUCGUGCCACACGAAUGGAAGAAGAAUAGCAGAGCAAGAAAUGAGAGAAAUUGAGUAUGUCUGAAAGAUAAAACUGUUCUUAUGUACACAUUUAUUCUAAUACACAAUGUACAUGUAAAGAGGACAGGGUGUACAAUUGAUUCACAAUGCUCAUUUAGUAAUUAAAGCUGUUUUCUAUGUAAUGUUUUUAUUUAUAUUAAAUCAAUUCAUUUGUACAUAUUUGCAUACUAGUGUAAUUCAUGUGAAACAUGGUUCAUUGCAUUACAGACAAUGCCAUAUUUUACUAAAAUGCAUCAAAAUGACUGACAAUGCCAUUUACAGCUAUCUGCAGAACAAACACUAUUUUUGUGUUACUAACUCAAAAUAUUUAUUUCAUAAAUGACAUUU